AUGGCAAUAGUCUGUUUUUUAAUGGUGGGGUUGUGGGUUGUGGGUGGUGAGUGGUCACUGGUGAGUGGCAUGAGGACCACGAUAAGUUUGUUCAAAGAUCAUAAAACAUGUGGUAGUGAGGGAUUUGGGGUUCAGAAUUGA